AUGCAUUCGUUUUCCUAUUCGAUACAAGAGAUGCCAUCAUCGAUCAUGCCAGCCAGCACGACAAGUGACGAGUUUGAUGGAGUUUUACAGGACGUGGAGAUUUGUAUGGAGACUCUGAUGAGGAACUCUGAGAGGAGGACUGCACUAUUUUCUACGAUUCAAAGCGAUGCGAGAAAAGUCAGUUGCCGUCUCCAGAAUCUGCCAAAUAGGAUAAAAACUCCUAUCGACUCGAUGCGUGCAGCAGUAGAUAAUCGCAAGAUCCAAAUGAAAGAGAAGGAAAGAGAAAUUUCCGCAUUGGAAAAUCACAAAAACGAGUUACAACAAGAGAAUGUUUUUCGAAUUUCGGCCAAAAUUGAGAAACUACGAGAAAGGGAGUGCCUAAUGGAUGGCGUCAUGAGCGAGUACGAGAAAAACAUGAAUUUGAUCAGAGAAGGCUCUGUCAUACUCCAAAAGAUUGGAAAGAGAACCAAUGUUGCUCAUACCUCAAGAGUUGCGGAUUUAUCUGAAAGCUAA